CGAUGAUUAACUGCGGUAGAUCCCGUGUCACGUGACCAGCAGCAAAAUGGCGGCUAUGCUUUCAAGUUGGGGCUGGUUGGCGAGGAGACGGCAAGGUUUUGUAUUGUGGAACUCCUGGAGAUCAGCUCGUUCUAAAACAGAGGGCCAACAGGGGCUCAGAAAGGAACCUUUGAGAAAGCCUGAAACCCCUGUCGGCCGCUUGGAUAAUCCACAACAGGAGCCAGUGGGAAAAGAUCCCCUGGAAAGGUUUCCUGAUGACAUCAAUCCUGUCACAAAGGAGAAGAAUGGACCGAGAGGCCCUGAGCCUACCCGCUAUGGGGACUGGGAGAGAAGGGGACGCUGUAUUGACUUUUAGAAUAAGUGCAGUGAUGCACAUAUUGUAAAUAAGUUGAGGUUGAUCUGUAUAUUCUAGCAUGACAUGACAACGUUGAUGUUAAAAUAAGGGUUUAGAGCAGGUUCUCACUGGUGGGAUUUGCCAAUGGUAUUUUAGCCACCAUGAAAGAUAUAUGUUUUGGUCUCAAUUUAGAAAAUCAUUUAUCAAUAAAUAUUAUCGAAACAAAGUUCUUCAUAAGAAUUAUUUUGCAACAAUUGAUUAAUGUAGAAAUAAUUAAAUGUAAAAGUUUAAGUUCACAUCAAAGAUGUGACCCUAUCUUUAGGAUGCCUUGGCAGCUUAGCAUGUGUCUGGACACAAGCGCUAUUUGUGUGUGCACUAAUAUUUUUGUAACAAGAAUAAUGCAACAUAUCAUAAUAGGCGAGGAAAACAACUUGACGUCUGGAAGAACAACGGUUUGGACUGUUCUAUCCACCCAUUUCUUCCACGGUGGAUCAAUCAGGGCCGGCUAUGCCUCAUUCAUUUCUCAAGUCCCAGCCACUGGCUGAAAUUCCAUGCAUUUGAAAAAUUGUCCUGUGUGUCAUAUUCGUUCCAUUAUUUUGUUACAGUGCAUGUUACUCUUAGCAGAUGUUUAUCAGACUUUUGUACACAGACAAUCAGUUAGGCUAUUGAAACAGAAAGUUGCAAAGCUGCGACUAACCCACUGAUCUGGGGAAACAUAGCGCCUUCGUUUUGUGACAUGCUUAGAUAAAUGUUACUGAUUGAAUGAAUGAAGUGAGUUUGAUCAUAACUACUAUAUAUUCACUUUCGUGUGAAAUAAAGCAGCUUAUUGAUUAUUUAUUUAUCUUGGCCGCUGAACUUUACAAUGUGAAGGCACUCAAGAGAGUGCAGGAAAGAUUCAGAAAAAUGGUUCCAAGGAUGAGGAACUUCAGUUAUGAAGAUAGAUUGGCGAAAUUAGGACUGUUUUCCUUGGAGAAGAGAAGCCUAAGAAGCGAUUUGAUAGAGGUAUUCAAAAUCCUGAAGGGGCUGGACAAAUUAUAUAGGGAGAAACUGUUCCCGCUUGUAAAAAGAUCAAGAACGAGAAGGCACAGAUUUAAAGUGAUUUGCCAAAGACGCAAAAGUGAUGAGAAAAAUUUUUUCACACGGUGAGUGGUUAGGGUCUGGAAUGCACUGCCUGAGUGUGGUGGAGGCAGGUUCAAUCGAGGCAUUCUAAAGGGAAUUAUUUGAAGAGGAAGAAUGUGUAGGGUUAUGGGGAGAAGAGAGCUAAUGCAGACAAAAUGGGCUGAAUGGCCUCCUGUGAUUACAGGCCUUUUCAAAUAUUGCCUCAGUCAACCAUCAGAGAGAUUGAAGAAGCACAAAUGCAGAAGACAUGAAUAUCAAGUUCAAACCACAAGGGGAUACUAUUGUACACUUUGGUAAUGCUAUUGUGCCUUUUGAUAUUGGGCAGUGCAGACUAAGCAUUAAUAACCUCAGAUUGCUUAUAGGAAUGGCUAGCUGUACCUGACAGAAUGUCUGAGAAAAUACCCUAACUUGUAACAGUAAUGUUUUUGCUAUACAGGUGUUUUAAAUAGCCAAUUUUAUUGUAAACAAAGUUAAAGGUUGAUUUUCAUUUUUCCUGUUCAGGGCUUUUUGUGACAGACUGCUGCAGGGAUUCACCUACGAGGUUUGUCAAUGGUGAAUAUCACCAAAAUGGGCCCUAAAACCCAUUUGAUUUCAUCUCAGACUAAUAUGUGCAUUAUAACAUCCAUUCUCAAGCCCAGCUAUUGAUAAUCUGUGUAAAGAAAUAAUGAAAUUUUUCCUAAAUUUGACUUUUACAACUCUGAAUCUUUGAACUUUUGUCCCAGCAUGUUCGCAUGUAUGUUCAUACCAAGAACUACUGUUUCACUUUCUCAAUCCAAUUAAAAAUCUUGUACACAUCA